AUAUAGCUAUUCUGCUUGUCAUUCCUCUGCUUUGUAUUUAGAUUCAAAUCUUUAUUAUAUAAUUUUUUAAAUUGUGGUCAGCUUAUAAAAAUCUUUUUGUCAUAAAAGAUAUAUCUGUUAUACUACUCUAAUUAUUUUCGAAAUAUAUAUAUUAAAGUCAUGAAAAAAGCGGAAAAAAAAACAGAAGAAAUGUCCGAAGAGGACAAGAGACUCGAAGAGGAAUUGCAUAUGUUAGUUGAAAGACUCUUAGAGAAAGAUGCUUCUCUUUAUGGUCCAGCUCUAGAAACAUUGCGUAAAUUAAUCAGAACAUCUACAACAUCUAUGACUAGUGUUCCUUUACCUCUAAAAUUUUUACGAUCAUAUUACUCUCGAUUAAAAGAACGUUGUGAUACAAUUGAAACUGAUGUAAAAACCAAAGCUCUAUUAUGCUCUAUUGUAUCCAUAUUAGCUAUGGGCCAAGAUAAAAGUUUAAAAGAUACUCUUCGGUACUGUUUAAGAGCUGGAGAAGUUGAUGUCGGAGACUGGGGACAUGAAUAUGUUAGGCAGCUUGAAACUGAGAUAGCAGAGGAAUGGAGCAAUGACCAAGUAAAUAAGAUUCAGUUGCUCUCGCUUAUUAAAAGCAUUGUAGCAUUUGAUAUGAAACACAAUGCUGAAAUACAGGCUUGUGAUUUACUUAUGGAAAUUGAUAGGUUGGAUUUGUUGCAAGUUGAUAAAUCAAAUUAUCUUAAAGUCUGUCUUUAUUUAAUAAACUGUUCUAUUUAUGUAGUUGAGCCAGAAAGAACUAACAUAUAUAAUGAAGUUAUGAAACACUAUUUGAAAUUUGAAGAAUAUCCUAGAGCAUUGUGUUUAGCUAUGUCAAUAAAUGAUACUGAUACCAUGUCUAAAAUUUUUGUUGCUUGUCAAGAUCCAGUUGUGAGAAAACAACUAGCAUACAUGUUAGGUCGUCAAUAUGUAGGCUUGGAGUUAGAUGAUGAACCUAGAGAUAAAGCAGAUCUUACAAAUAUUAUGUCAAAUUCUCACAUUAAUGAACAUUUCAAUAGCUUGGCUAGAGAAUUAGAUAUUUUGGAACCUAAAACUCCAGAUGAUGUGUAUAAGACAUGGUUAGAAGGUUUAGUGUUACGUCCAUCAUACAAUUUAGAUGUUCCUGUUGAUUCUGCACGUCAUAACCUUGCAUCGACUUUUGUGAAUGCAUUUGUAAAUGCUGGUUUUUCACGAGAUAAAUUAGUCUCGGUUGAAGAUGGUAACAAAUGGAUGUAUAAAAAUAAACAGCAUGGAAUGUUAAGUGCUGCUGCAUCACUUGGUUUGAUUCAUUUGUGGGAUGUACAUGGAGGCUUAACUCCUAUUGACAAAUAUUUAUACACAUCUGAAGAGUAUAUCAAAGCUGGAGCAUUGCUUGCUUUGGGAAUUGUUAAUGUUGGUGUUCGUAAUGAAUGUGAUCCUGCUUAUUCACUGCUAUCAGAUUAUGUAUUACAUGAAAGUGUUUUGCUACGAAUUGGUGCAGUUCUAGGUUUGGGUCUUGCAUAUGCUGGUACUAGACGUCAAGAUGUUAUAACAUUAUUACUGCCCGUUAUGUCUAACAGUAAAUCUACUCCAGAAGUAGUUGCUUUAGCUGCUCUUUCUUGUGGAAUGAUAAGUGUUGGCGCAGCCAACCAAGAAGUGAUUUCAGUUAUUCUUCAAACUCUUGCAGACCUACCUUCUACAGAACUUCAAGAUGGACAUUACUCACGGUUUUUACCCCUUGCUCUGGGAUUAUGUUAUUUAGGCCUGAAAGAUAAAGCCGAUGCUCUUGAUGGAGAUCUUAAUAUUUUAGCUGAUCCAUUCAAAUCUAUGGCAAAAAUGACUGUAAAAAUGUGUGCUUGUGCUGGAUCUGGAGAUGUUCUAAAAAUUCAAGAACUAUUACAUAUCUGUAGUGAACAUUAUACUCCAGCUCCUAAAGAGGAAAAUUCAAAAAAACAAAAUGACAAAAAAGAAAAAGAAAAAGAUAAUGAAAAAAAAGAAUCAACAUCAGCUGAAAAGGAGAAAGAUAAAGAAAAAAAUAAAGAAACUGCCAGUAAAGAUCUUUCAUCAAUGCAAGCUGUAGCAGCUUUGGCGGUGGCUGUAGUAGCUAUGGGAGAAGAUACUGGAGCAGAAAUGUGUACAAGAAUAUUUGGACAAUUGGGGAGAUAUGGCGAACCACCUGUGAGACGAGCAGUUCCUUUAGCUAUUGCAUUACUUUCAAUUUCCAACCCUCAAAUGAAUAUUAUUGAUGUCCUUAAUAAAUAUUCUCAUGAUCUAGAUGAAGAAGUUGCACAUAAUGCUAUUUUUUCAAUGGGUCUUGUUGGAGCUGGCACUAACAAUGCCAGGUUAGCUACCAUGUUGCGUCAAUUAGCUCAAUAUCAUGCCAAAAACACUGGUCAUUUAUUCAUGGUUCGUAUUGCUCAAGGUUUGACUCAUAUGGGUAAAGGAACUUUAUCCUUGUCCCCAUUUCACACUGAUAGACAAGUGAUGAAUCCAGUAGCUGUUUCUGGACUUCUCAUAACAUUGUUUAGUUUCUUAGAUACUCGUAACAUUAUUUUGGGAAAGUCGCAUUAUUUGUUGUAUACACUUGUAGUUGCUAUGUAUCCUAGAUGGUUAGUAACUUUAGAUGAAGAUCUUGAGCCAUUACCUGUGUCAGUAAGAGUUGGACAAGCUGUCGAUGUUAUUGGUAAAGCAGGAACACCAAAAACAAUAGCUGGUGUACACACCCAUACAACUCCUGUAUUAUUAGCAGUUGGUGAACGGGCUGAACUUGCUACCGAUGAAUACAAACCUCUAACUCCAGUUAUGGAAGGCUUUGUUAUACUACGUAAAAAAACUGCAGAAGAUGAAUAAUAAUUUCCUUCAUUAUUUGCACAUGCAUCUAUAUAUUACAAAAAACAUUUUUUUUAAACAAUGCGUGUUUACAAAUUUAUUAUUUUAUUGUAAAUAAACAUUAAUAUUAAUAACAGAAUAUUUAUUAAAAUUAACAUGAAACUCAUGUUAAAAUAUAAUAUUUGAGUUUAUUUUUAGUA